AUGUCCAAUUCACAAAACAUGAUGUAUUUACCUGUUGGUACACAAGGUGGUGAUGAACCCAAUUUAUUAUUAAAUUUAGAAAUAACUCGACCUUAUGACGAAGGUGAAGAGUACGACAAAAAACUAGAUAAUUUAUUAAACAAAAUAGAGUCUUUCAGUAGAAUUCGUACAAAAAGAAUCCACCUGUUGGUAGCCUAUUAUUUUUUAGGCGAAGAACUCAAGAAGUCUAUCGACCCAAAGCAAACUUGGAAUUUGUUUGCAAAAGAAAGGAAACGUAAGAACGCUAGAUGCAAAAUCGUUCCAAGACAUGGCGAAGGACAUCGAACUAUAACUUACUCGUGA